UCUAUUCCCCUUUGCGGACCGUUCUGGCCACUGCUGGCGUUGGCCUAGUCAGUACAGGCGCAGCGCCUCUUUUGCCCAAAAGAAACGACCACCAUCUCGUCAGGUCCAAUCUCAUUUACACCGCAGUCCUCACCCUCAUCAAUUCUUGCGUUUGGCCUUGCUCGUUUUCCUUCUCAAUUCAGCUGUCACCCCUUCGGCAUCGGCAUCCUCUUCAACUUCGACUAUCAAUCUGCUCAUUCUUGGGCUGGACCCCUUUCUCUGCGUUCCCUUGCCUUAUGUCUCUGUGUCUUUUGGUGUAGCAAUUGUCUUCCUCUGUCCAUUAUUCCCUUCAUAUAAUCGUGCUCGUCGUUUCAUACGCAUCAUCUCAAUUGAAAGCCAGCCAAGCGAAGCGACUCUUAUGCCCGGUACACUGUAUACAAAGCGACGACCACCAACAUGUCUCUUCCCGUCGCAAUUCAAUCCGCUGUCUUCUAUAUUCUUGCCUGCACACCAUGCGCCCAAGUUCGACAUCGACAAAAGGUUCGCGAGCAGUCUCGGAGGGAGCGCGAGGAGAAGGCCAAGGUAGUAGGCGAGCAACCGGAUGUAUACCAACAUCCCUCACCGUUUAACACAAACCCGUAUUGGCAAGAGGAGAUUAGCAUGGGACCAUCUUUACCACAAAAGAAGUCUGCUAGCAAGAAUUCUAGUCAGCGUGGCCUCACAAGUCAGGGCGGAGAGAGCAGUGCAUUCAGCGUAUCUGAGCAGACACAUCAAGGCGGGAGCCGCAUCAACUUUGGCGCUAGCAAUUCCGUCAUUGCCGAAGACGACAAUCUCUCCGACGAUUGGAACCGGCGACAUGGAUAUCAGCGAGAGGACGAGGAGCUAUGGGGUCAAUGGGGCGGCCAAAAGUUCAAGGACGCCAUAUCAAAAGCACGAGGUUCCGCCGGACGAUUAAUCGAGUCUACACUAGGACUCGAGAAGGAGGUGACAGAACAGCAACGGCACGACUUUUACUUUCCGAAGAAUCCUCCCAUCAACGAGUACCACCCUCCUGUCGUCAGCAGCAAGAUUCCUUCGCGAAACGCCCACCAAUGGAUGCUGCAGCCUCCGCCGCCAGCCAAGGUCAUGGAAGGCAAGGUGCCUGUUAGCCGGGCUGGAAGCUCAGGGAGCAAAUCGAGCGGCAGGACAUUGGUUGGAGACGAUAUGCAACUUGGCCGACUUGUUCACGAGAAGCUUGUCAUGGAGAAGCUGAAGAAGGAAAACAGCAAUCCUACCGAAACCGAACUCAUCGAAUCCCUCUUCCUCAACCGCACUAGCCAGUCUCUCUCUGUCCACCGAACUCGAAGCCUUUCAUUCGAUACAUCAGACGACUCGCUCGAUAGUGGCUUCGCCAAGCGAAAGACACGCCUGCGACCGGUUGCUGCACCGCCAGGAUACGAUUCUUCUGAUGAUUCAGAUUCUGACACGCCCAUUCCAUUCUCGCAAAGUGCCAUGAACCUGGGAACCCGCCGAACACCCUCGAGUGCGGGACAUGCCGCGCAACGACCAAAGCUUGAGACCAUCAUGAGCACAAGGUCGGCCACUGCCACCCGAAUGUCCUCGAAGCGAUCCAAGCGACAAAAGUCCACUCGAUCGAAGAGACUUUCAGGUGCUGCCUCCCCUGUUGGUGACGACACUGACUGAGUCGGAUUCGCGUGUAACAAACGCUCAAGCCACAGCGCAUAAGAUACGGCAACCCCCACGUCCUCAUUACCUCUACGAGACCGUUUCACCCUGCCACCUAACUCAUUGCGGUCUUGUCUCUUCCCUGUUUCACAUGUCUUGAUCUCUUUUAGCAUCGUUAUCUUCACCGCCUUCUCUAGUACAUUGUUUCA